CAGCUGCUUCAUCCGCUGUGUCCGGCGGCACUCCUCUCGACAAGUUCAGGCCGCGUUCCUGGCACUGUGGCAGCAGCCAAACUGUCCCUAUCUGUGGCAGUGGAGGAUGGCCACUCUCGCUGUAAAGUUCUGGCUGUCAAUGUGUCAGAGUCGAGAGGGCGAUUUGAAUUUCAGGUGUUGCCUAAUGUUUCUAGUUUGUUACCUUCCUCCGUGAAUAUCCGCCGAGCAACAAGGGUCGGGCCCAGUUCAAGUUGACUUUGGGCUUCUAACUAACUUUCCAUUGUGAGUAAAAGCCCAGACUAACAUGUACAUAGACCCUGGCGUCAAACAGACUGUCGCUGCAGCGCUUGCACUCCGCUCAACGCUUGCUACCACCUACCCCUACGCCCGAGUUGAAUGAAAAAAACUUGGAGGCUUCGUUGCUUCCGGAGAAGCUGGAAGACCUAGUUGGACGGCCUGUGUCUACCGACUAGAUAAGGUCAAGGGCGCGUAGCAUUGCGGGAAGGCUACUACUGCGUGAUAUGCAGGGCGGAGUGUCGCCGGUCACUUCGAACGUCGCAUCGCUCCGUCGUCCACAAUGAGAUUGACUGCACAGGUUCUGCAUUCCCGGGCGGAUGGAGAACGGCCGGAAGAUGUGGAAUAUUUGAACUUGACAGAGCUCUCUAUUGUUGCUAUAGAGCUGCUUCAGCACUUCCCUAAAUUGGCGUACCUGAACUUGUGCGAUAACAAGUUGGAGACGGUGGAGAACUUGGAGUCGUGUAGGGAGCUAUGGCACUUGGAUCUGUGUCACAACAAGAUGCUUGCUUUGGACGGCUUACGCCACUUCCCCGUGUUCGGUACACUUUUCUUGGCCAGCAAUCGUCUGGACUGGCAGAGCCUGAAGGCCAUUCAGCAUAUUCACAUUGUUGAUCUACAGCUGCAAGGGAAUCCAAGACUGCAAGACGAUGUGCACUACCGGAUCCAUGCCAUUGAUUGCCUUCCACAGAUCUGGAUGCUGGAUGGCAUCAUGGUAACAGCAUGUGAGAGACAGAGGGUGGCCAGGUUUUUCAAGGAUCGUCUCUCUAGAGCUGACCUGAAGCCAGUGCGACGAAAGUUGCCACCGAUCAAGUUCGUUCCCUCCAGUAUGAAGAAGUUGACAGUGAACGGGAUCUAUGGAUCUCGGACGAAACUGCUGAUGUCUCAUGUUCCAUUGUCCUCACCCAGCACCACAGAGCUUGACUGGUGUCGCCUUCGCUACAUUAUGAAGAUGUUCAGCAGCGAAGUGAAAAUGUUUGGAGAGCACACAUCUGCUGUGUCGUAUGCCUCCGUGUCUUCUGCAUCACUGGCGGAGACUUUGCUUCCCAACUUGGAUGAUCUGCUGAACGAAAGACACAAACAUCUGGAGCAGAGCAACAUGCUUCUGUUGCUGCUAGUGGUUUCUCUUGAGUUUUCUCUGCCGGCACGGGUGAUCGAGAAUGCGCUGGAAACUGCUAGGCUGCAAGAGCUUGGGAAAGUGCAGUGCAUGCAGCUGUUCUUGCUGGAGAAGAAGCUGCGAUGUCGCUUGUGUGGUAUACUAUUGAGCGCGGCUAUUCUGGACAAGGAGUCUGGAGAAAAAGAGGCACUGUACCCCCAGCUUUACUCUGCACUCCGCUCCAUUGUCACAUCGCUUAUGUACAAGGCAUACUGUGGGCUCAAUGGAGCGCUUGCUGAGCAGCACAGACAGCAUUCGUUGCCUGCUUCAGAACAUGACGUUGAGAAACACCGGCAACUGCUAGCAGCGGAGGUUGUUCAGCUCUUCUGCUUGGUCCCGGCGUUCUUUGACCUCCUCAGCACAGACACAGGCAUUUUGGAUCUUGCCAUGGUUGCGACGGGUGAUGGAGACUUGUUUGAAAACAUCUCUGCCCUGCAGGAGGAGCUGGCAUGGGAAAAGGUUGAUCGUUGGCAGAUCUAUCAACGCAUGGCAGCAUACAUCCUGCUGAAAGUCAAGGCUACCAUGGAUGCUUCCACAGCACGCGUACCCAUUUAUGGAAGGCAGCAGCAGCUUUCACAGACAAGGAAGGCAGUGUUCAGCAAGAGCAAGAGACAGUCAGCGAUCCCAGCUUCUCGCCGGCCCAAGUCCAGUCCUAUUGGCAAAACACAGAUGUCCUACACCAGCAAAAAUGCAGCCAAUCCGAUGAUAUCUGCAUCUACAGUACUCGCCUGGAAUCGCACACAACCAACCCCAAGAGUGGGGGACAUGGUGCUUGUACAGCUUUCACCUAAGGUGUUUGGUCAGAUUUUGUCGUUCACAAACCUCAAUUCAGCGGUGAUUCAGGUAGAGAAGGCAUUUCCAGUGUACGGAACACAAGGCACUGAACAACUUCUCAUUGACCUAGAGCCGCUAGUGUUUGAUCAGCAGGGGUAUUGGAAACCGAUCACGGCUGACACAAUAGGAGCAAGGCAGAAGACGUGGCAGAGUGCAGACGCUCUGAUGGAACACGGAGGCCCAGGAUUUAGCGCGGACGCGAUGGGACGCUUCUCACCGGCCCCACCACCAAGCUCUCCCCAUCACAGUCGAACCAGCAGUGUGGCAAACGUCAUGAACGAUCAGAGCAGUGACUCGGAUACAGGUACUGAGAGUGGUGAUGAGGAUGAGCGCAGUCCAUCAUCAAAGCCAAGCUCAGGCCGUCAUCAUGCGCCAGCACAAGAUCAGACCACGACGCUUGGCACCAAGUCACCACGGGAUAGCAGUGCUGCUGGGCGAAGAAAAUCUGGUGAUGAGAUGGCUCUGCAAGCUCAUGUGGAGAUGGUCAUUCAGCACCUUCAAGACACGGGGCUGUCAAAACAAGCAGUUGUGGCUAAGCCCUUGGCUGAGAAAACAAUGACAAGCUGUGCAGAAGAGCCGGAGACCGAAAGUGGUGAUGCAUCUUCUCACGCCAUUGCAAUCGCCAAGCAUGGGCUUGCGAUGCGUGGCCCGUCGCCGCACAGGACCGUACAGCCUAAGUUCCACUCUGGCAGGCAAGGCGGCCCGGCCAGCCGCUCACAACAAGGCAUGCCAUCACCAGUCUCGUCAUCUACGGGAUACUUGCCCGUUCUAUCUGGUGGUGAAGCUAGCUCAUCACACCAUUCACUCGCUGCUGCUCACCUGGCACAACCCCGCCAUGGCCAGGGAUCCUCAGGAUUACACAACCCUGCAGCAUCGACGUCUACCGCCACGGUGAUGCAUUCUCUCAACUCCACUAUUCCUGGUCCUAGCCAGUCGGGCGAACAUGCCACUGCUACUGCUGCGCUAAAUCGGGGAUUGCGAUCAGCACCGCCCCAGCAGCGGAAACACGAUGAGCCACAGCUGGCAGCACGGACGGUUACCAUGGCGUUUCAGAGCCGGCGACAGACAGGUCGCGCCACCAGCUGGAACACGGUUUACCAGCCCGUUGACAGGACAACUCGGCGCCAGCACACGUCGUCGUCACGGCCAGUGCGCAGUGCCCUGGUCAACACUCUUCCCGUCACGAUUGCACUGGAGAUGUCGCAGGCGCCCAUGGCAACAUCGAUGGCAAGGUCAUCCAUGCACCAUCCACAGGCAUACCGUACAGUAGCAUCAAGUCAGCGCCAAAGAAUGUCCAAGUCGGCAACCCCGACGGCAUCCAGAUCAUUGGGGGCUGUGCCGAUGGGCUAUCUGCAUUCAAGAAUGUAGCCAACCAGUCACCUCCGCUCACUGUAUGUACACACACUGUGUAUAACCGGCUACAUGUAUGCCGCAGUGAUACUUGAACAAGAGCCACAUGAGCCACCAUACGUAGGCUGAACAUUUCCUGUAGGACAUUCUUGCCUCUGUGCCGCUCCCCGAGAACAUACCCAACUAGACACUCUUGACAUUGUGGUGUGCAGUUGGAUGCAAGUACAACAGGUGCAGGAACCCGUCCACCAAGGAACUAUGCUACCCGCACUUGUGCUUUUGGAACAGAGCGGAAGAGCCUUUUUAAAUAAAUCAUCAUCCGCUUCUGCGACACAGCGACCGACCGGGUCAAACAUCAUAAGCUUGCCUGCUCUUUUGUUAGGUUGAGAUUCAGCAAAUGCAUUCUUCAAUCAGUUUGAGCUCUUUUAAACAUUGAUUCACACUGAUCGCGAUACCAAUCUGAAUAGGAAAGUAACACUACAGCUUAGUUGUCUUGAGAUAGUUCAGUGAUAUUUUGAGAGCUUUGUCAUGACACUACAACCCCCCCCCCCCCCUCACGGCCCCCUUCUUUUUCUAACAUUUCUUUUAUACCCUUAAAAAUGCAUUUAGUGCAUCUAGGGCUCUUCAAAUUCUUUGAACUCAAUGGCAGAGCCUCAGAACUGCCCAUGCUAUUCAAAAGAAGAAAAAAGAACCAUUCCAAUCAAUUGACUUUUGUUCUUGAUACA